CCAUAGAAGAAAGAUGGGAGAAUCUUAAAGAAAGUUCUAAAAAAAUGAUUAAUAGUGUAUUAGACAAAUCAAGAAAAUCCAUUAGUAUGGAUCGUUUGAUCGUUGAAUCAGAGAAUAAUAAUACAACAAAAAUUAUUACGGAUGAAAAAGAAAUUAAAACAACAGUGCGAAACCAUUUUCAAAAUUGGACAAGGAAAAGGAACACCAACGAAACAAUAAUGAAAGAGUGGGAGAAGUGA